GACGCUGUUGCGGACCCACGCGUGCGCACCGCUGCUCCCGUUUCCACGGGAGGGAGCGAUGGUGCGCUGCGGGAGGGGAGACCUUCAAUGACAGGUGUUGGGGGAAGCUGCAGGAGCUGCUGGAGAUGUGGAGGUGUCCUGCGCCACGCCGGUUGUUGGCGGCGCUGGGGAGUGGCGGGAGUCGGCGGGUAACGGCUGCGCUCGCGGCGCCAGAGCAGCAGGCCCGCGCGCUGCCCGCUGCGGACGUCAGGCGGACCAGCGGCCUAUCAGCGGCGGCGUUGGUGGGGUCGGCGCCGCCGGCCGUGCAGCCUUACCUUAGACUGAUGAGGCUGGACAAACCCAUCGGGACCUGGUUGUUAUAUUUGCCUUGUACCUGGAGCAUUGGUUUAGCAGCAGAGCCAGGAUGCCUUCCAGAUCUGUCCAUGCUUACCCUUUUUGGAACAGGGGCAAUGUUGAUGCGAGGAGCUGGGUGUACAAUCAAUGACAUGUGGGAUAAAGACAUUGAUAGAAAGGUUGCCAGAACUGAAAAUCGGCCUAUAGCUGCUGGAGAAAUCAGUCGGUUUCAGGCCCUUGUGUUUUUGGGUGGUCAGCUGAGCCUAGCACUUACUGUUCUCUUGUGUUUAAAUUAUUACAGUAUUGCACUUGGAGCUGCAUCACUGGGUCUCGUGGUCACCUACCCUCUGAUGAAGAGGCUAACUUAUUGGCCACAGUUAAUUCUGGGUCUUACAUUCAACUGGGGAGCACUUUUAGGUUGGUCUGCUGUGAAGGGUUCCUGUGAUUGGUCAAUUUGCCUACCACUUUAUAUCUCUGGUGUCAUGUGGACAUUGAUAUAUGACACUAUUUAUGCACAUCAGGAUAAAGCAGAUGAUAUUCUGGUAGGAGUGAAAUCAACUGCACUGAAGUUUCAAGAACAGACCAAACAAUGGCUAAUGGGAUUUAGUACAGUCAUGCUGACAGGAUUGACAGUGGUAGGAGUAAACAGUGAACAGACGUUACCCUACUAUGCAGCUAUGGUCGCUGUGGGAGCUCAUCUAGUCCAUCAGAUAUACUCACUGGACAUAAACAGUCCUCAAGACUGCUGGAAGAAAUUCUGUUUGAAUCGAACAUUGGGACUACUACUGUUUUCUGGAAUUGUGUUUGGAAAUCUGUGGAAAGGAAAGACAAAGAUUGAUGAAACAGAAAAAGUACAGAGCUGAUAAGCACUUAUUAGAAUCUAUGUGCCAAAAAUUAAAAUAUUACAGUAAAAUAGAUAAACAAUUUUGAUAUCAUACCUUUACUACCUUCAUAAAAUUCACAUAUGAAUAAGUACGGGUUCUCUGUUAUUUCAGAGAAAUAACUAAUUUAUUCCAAGUACAGGUUUAAAAAUAAUUUUGAAUUAUUUAGAUGUCUAUUUAGAUAUAUCAAAAUCUACUGUUAAAUCGUUAGACUUUACUCAAAUAUUUUGACCUCCAGCAUCAGAAAUCAGAAACCUUGUAACUGGUUGUCAUCUAAUCUUAUGGUUUUGUAAAAAUAAAAUCUUUUUGCAGUCUAUUUAAAACUAACAACAAUGAAGUUCGAAAAUACCGUUAUUCAUUUUACUUUGGUAUUGUAGCGGUUGCUACAGCG